CGUCAGCUUUUGUGCUCCUGAGAUGCUGCUUGGCCUGCUGUGUUCAUCCAGCCUCACAUUUUAUUAUCACUCUUCUACUUACUUUUUCUCACGCGCUCUACCACGCGCGCGCACUGUUUCGCGCGCGAGCGCUCGGUGUGGUCCGGAGAUUCGCAAAGACGAUGGGACAUGGACGUCCUGUUCAAGUUAAUGUAAUUAGUUUUUCAACGUCGGCUUCUGUAAUAGGAUUUAGUCCUGAUAAUGAUUGCUGACUAUGGCCCAACACGCUGCGCUGACAGUCACAUUACUGUUUCAGAUGUCCUCGACUAUGAAGAUGAGAAAAGUUUUCUUGAUGAGAAAGUGAAAUGUUACAGCAAUAUUGCAGCUUGCCACCUGAACGUUGGAAACUUAGAGGAUGCUUUUUCCUACUGCGACAUGGUUUUGCAGCAUCAGCCUCAGCAUUGCAAAGCUUUAUUCAGGAAGGGCAAGGUGCUUGAACUGCAAGAGAAAUAUUUCCUCUCUAUCAAAUUUCUCAGAAAAGCUUCACAAGUGGAGCCUGGAAAUCAGGAAAUUGAAAGGGAAAUGAAGCUUGUUUUUGACAAAUGGGCAGAAAAAUCUGAAGGUACCAGCAAUGCUAAAACAAUGAAUACGUGUCCACUGUUCUUGGCUGAAGAUAGUAAGGUUGAUAAAACAAAGAAUCAUUCAGAAACACAAGAAACACCAGAAGAUUACCAAGAGAUUUAAAGAGCUGCUGAUCCUUUCAGAGGCUGAUUUCGAUUCCCAGAUGUAUUCUGAUUAUACGUUAGGAGAUUCAUCUACAUCCCUUAAAGGUAUUAUCGUGCCCAGACUGAAAAAAAACUAGAAAUUCCUAUUAACACCGUGCUUAAAAUAUUUGUGUGAUAUGCCUGUCCUCUUCUGUUAUUUAAUUUUGACUUGUCCAAUGCUCCAAUUAAAACAAUGGACAAUGGAACAUCUUGCAAAAUGUCCAAUCUGUCCAUUGAUAUGGCCAUUAGCAAUAUCUAGCCCACAAUCCAUGAAGAAGUCAACUAUUAAGCUGUUAUUUAAAUCCAGAAUCUACAACUGACGUUAGUUGCUAGAUGAAACAACAUUGUUUCAUUGACUUGAAUUGAACACCUGCUCAUGUGGCUCACACAUCUUGCUUCUGCACUCAAUAUCUCAUCAAGACGAAAAAGGAAGAGAGAGGGAGACAAAGAGAGAAGGGGCACAGGCCUGAACAAUAAAUGUUGUAUGCACUAGAUUUUUAUUUAAUGAAGUAGAAAUGUACCUGUUCCUGGUUGGAAUUUAUCUAUAGCUGUAUGGUUGGUUCAGAUAGGUAGAAUUCUGAAUGUAAUUUCUUCACAUCUAUUAAUUGCCAUAUAAUGACAUGUCAUUUAUUCAGUCAUUCACAAGUAACUCAGUGCCAGUUGCUUAAUCAUCUCUUCUGUUUCCUGCAAUUUAUUAAGUCAUCUCUGAACUGUGUCAGGUACCCAGUAUUCUCUGUGCAGAAUUUAGGCGUACCCACUUAAUGGGCUGAUGUUUUAAAAAGUAUUUUCUUUCAAUCCAUGCUCAUACCAAAUUCCUAAGGGUCAUUUGGUGUUUGUAUGUCCAACCACAUUUCUAAACAAAGCUGUGAUUUAUUUUAUACAUUAAUUAGGUUCACUGAUCCUGAAGACAGUGUAUGCAUUUUUUAGGUUCACUGAUCCUGAAGACAGUGUAUGCAUUUUACAUCAAAAUAAUGCAGUUCCUUUCUGUAAAGAGCAUGUUCAUGACUGGUGUAAAUAUUUAAA